AGUGUGUGUAUGAGGAGAGAGGAGAGCGAGAGACGUAGCAGGCAGUGCAAUGGGAUAGAGGAGAGCGAGGAGGCGGAGGAGCAGAGUGAACGAGAGCUGCUGGAUCUGCCUUGCCUUUGCCUGCGUGCCUGCCUGUCGUCUGCCUGAAGCUGGGUUUACCACCGCGCCACGCCGCACUGACACAGAGCAGACCUGCGGCCCAUCCUCACCAGCCACACACGCUCAGCAACACCGAUUGCUCCACCAGCCGAGCAAACCAGAGAUCAAGCUCACUGGCAGCACUAAAGCGGCCUGACGCCACAAUUUAAGCACCAGCUGCUACCAAACCACAUCUCCUUCCACCUCAUCCUUUCCUCACCAACGCCACCACCUCGCGUCUCCUCUCGCUCCUCCCUAUGCCCUUGUCCUCGGCGGCUCCUCUCACCUCCCUGGCCAGUAUAUGGAUAGAAGCUCCCUGUUUCAGCUCAUACAAGAGCAGGGACGUGGAGGAUGUGGUGAGAGAUGAUGGCAGGAACUGUUUGCCGUAGCUGAAUGAGAUGGAGUUGGACCCAGAGAACACCGGUUUCAUCCCAGUGGAGAACUUCACCAGCUUGGUGGAACACCAUGAGCUGCAGCUGGACCCAUCCAAACUGGACAUGCUGUUAGCACUGGUCCACAGCAAUGAGGAAGGACAAGUGUGCUACCAGGAACUCAUCGAGCUGAUGAGCAGCAAACGCUCAAGCAGUUUCCGACGGGCCAUCGCCAACGGCCGUCGCACCCUGCAGAGGGAAAUCUUGCUGGACGAGACGGGCCUUGGGCUGUACAAACGCUUUGUCCGUUAUGUGGCCUAUGAGAUCCUGCCUUGUGAGACGGACCGGCGCUGGUACUUCCACCAAAACCGCCUUUGUCCUCCGCCCGUCUUCAUCGCCGUUGUCACGAUCGUCCAGAUAAUCGUGUUCAUGUGCUAUGGCAUCAUGCUUAACAAGUGGGUUCUGCAGACCUAUCAGCCGGACUUCAUGAAGAGCCCGCUGGUCUACCAUCCCGGUCACCGUGCACAAGUGUGGCGCUUCUUCAGCUACAUGUUUAUGCAUGUUGGUUUAGAGCAGCUGGGAUUUAAUGCUUUGCUGCAGCUGAUGAUCGGCGUUCCUCUUGAAAUGGUCCAUGGCAUCUUACGAAUAAGUUUACUUUACAUGGCAGGAGUCCUGGCUGGCUCGCUGACGGUGUCCAUCACAGACAUGCGUGCUCCAGUGGUGGGGGGCUCCGGGGGGGUCUACGCUCUGUGCUCGGCGCAUCUGGCCAACGUUGUCAUGAACUGGGCUGGGAUGCGCUGUCCAUACAAGCUGCUCCGCAUGAUCCUGGCGCUGGUUUGCAUGAGUUCAGAGGUAGGCCGUGCAGUCUGGCUCCGUUUCUCGCCGCCGCUGCCCUCCUCGGGCCCCCAGCCUAGCUUCAUGGCUCACCUGUCGGGGGCUGUGGUCGGCAUCAGCAUGGGUCUGCUCAUCCUGCGCAGCUACGAGGAGAGCCUGCAGAAGCAGUGCUCCUGGUGGGUCAUCGUCUUCUCCUUCAUCACCUUCCUGCUCUUCGCCAUCUUCUGGAACAUCUUCGCCUAUGAGCUCCUCGGGGUACAGAUACCUCCUCCCCCAUGAUGAUGGGCCCCCUCCCUGCUGCUUUCCCUUUUACUCUUGAUUUCCUCCAAGGUUAUACCCAAAUGAGAUGAUUCAAACUAAAAAUCCAACAAGAAUCCUUUUUUACAGAUACUUUGCAAAUCAAAGAAAUAUUUCUCUUUCAUUAAAGAGGGAUUACAGUAGCAACAAGUACAGGUGAAAGCACCUCAGAUCCAUUUUGAGGAGCAUUCUGUCUUUUUUAUAUUAAUAUAUACAGAACCUCAUCCACAUCAACCUAUCAUUUGUUUUUCUUUUAUUUAAUUUAUGCAAAGACCUCAAAUAAGAAGAUACUCAAGUCAUCAUAUGUGCCUCAGGUGGGAAAAAAAAAUCUUAUUCUGCACAAUUGGCAGCUGCAGUGCUCCUUAAAAUUAUAGGAGUCACAUUUUACUUUAAGACUGCUGAGCUGGAAACUGCAGGAGAAAAUUUCUGGACAAGCGGGUUUGUUUCUGAAGGCCACAUUAAAGCUAAACCCAACAGCACCGUUGAUGUAUAGCAGCUGGUUGGUUGUCCCUGCUGUAGCUGUGUGGGGUCAAUAUGGCUUUGUCAAAGUUGCUGGCACACCAAACUGAAAAAAAAAGAGUUAGCAGUUAUAAGUUUUAAUUUUCAACUGUUAGUUUAUUUAAAACCUAAAGUUUGGAGAUGCACCAAUCAAUUGACUGCACAUUGAAAUUGGGACAAUUUUUCCUUGAUUGGUUCUGAUUGGUCAGAGCAAUUUUUCUCAUCAGACAAAGGUUUUAUAAUUCUUUCAUUUGCUACUACCUCUAUCAAACAAAACUGCGGCACACUAAAUUCCUCAUUUACAGGUUAUAUUUCAUAUAAAUUAAAAAUCAUAAUUAGUCAGAUUUCUAAUCAGGAGGUCCGACCUCAAAGAAAACUGGAAAUCGGUAGCAUCAGACGCAUCUCCACUAAAGAUCAAAACACAUCCCUUAUUUCACUUUAUCAGUUCAUCUAGACAACAUAUUUCUUCAUUUUCUUCUUUGUCAUGACACCUACACUGUGGAUACAGAAAAUAGUUCACUCACUCACACACACACACACACACAUAUACACCUGACGUAAAGAGACAAAGUUAGAAAGGUGACUGUGAGACAGGAGAGAAGAGGCAGUCCAUCAAAUCCAACAACUGAACCCCUCAUUGCUGCGCAGACAUCAAGUUUGUACCUGCUCAGCGAGCCAUGUAAAAUAUGCCAUGUCAUGCUCUGUGCUUUUCAAGACAACACACACACACCCACACACACACACACACACACACACACACACACACACACACACACACAGACAGACACACCAAUGCUUUUCUCCAAUUUGUCUUUGCGAGGAACAGCUGCCUGAUUCUGUCGCUCAACGUGGGCGAACCAACGACAACAUGUGAACCGAACACACGGUCGCCUCUCACUCCCGCAAAAACUGAACUGCAAAAGGCAAAGACGUGUCACUGCCUGACCUCUGACCUGCAGGGGUCUGUGUGUCGGGCCAAGUUAAUACCUCAGUUUCUCAUUCUUCUUAGGGACUGUAUACAUUUGUAAAGGAAUGUAACUGUAAAGAAAAAAUCAACAAAGGUGUUAAUCUGUUGUCCCUGUUUUUUCUUUAAUAGUGGAUGUGUUUCCUGUACGUUCUCAAACAAGACCAUAUUUAUUUGUAUUUUCCCCCUUUGAAGGGGAAUGGGGGAAAAAUUUCAAAUGGUGCAAAAUAUCUGGUAUGAUUGUCCUGAUAAAUCUUGUAUGCGCUGGGAGGCUGGUUUAUUAGGCAACCACCAAUGAGAUUUUAUAAAUCUUUAGUCAGUGCUUUAUAUAAUAAGCCAUAGGAGAGACUGACAGUAUGGAGGGUUAAAGUGCCACAAUUUCAUAUGUGAAUUAUUAAAUAAUUAUUUCUUUAUGUCAGAUGUUAAAUGAAAAUAGAAAUAAACAGAUUAAAUAAAUCUAUUCUUAAUUUUUUAUGGGUUAAUAAUAGAUUAAUUAAAGACAAAUAAUUGUUUUGGUUUCUCAUUCUAACUUUGUAUUGAUACAGUUAGGUCAUGAUUACUUUUUUAAUUACAGGCUCUUUCAAAGAUAUGGACGGUAAUUCAGUGGGCGGGGCUAACUGUUAUAGUUAAAGGUGAUUCAUCUCUGAAUUCAUGUUCAGGUUCUGAUGUUUGGGUCAGAACCUGCCAGAGUGACAGUUCAAAUGAUUACGUGGCACACUACAAAUAAAUAACAAUAUAAUUAUGCAUUAUUUUGACAUACAAUAAGUUCAAAUUUUUAAUUAUGAAAGCCAACACUUAGAUAUUUUAUUAUUAUUGACAUGUUUAAAAACUAUGGAUAGAUUUAUUUAUUUGUUUAUUUAUUCCAAUUUUAUUUAAAUUCUAUCUUAUUUAAAUUGUUUGAUUUAUAUGUAUUUAUAAUAAACAAAUAUUUAUACUUGUAAUUUAUUUGAUUGUUGCACUUUGGGCCCCUCUAUAUGGAGGUCAAAGGUGCCACAAUGUAAUAUGUGAAUAUUUAAAUCAAUAUUUAUUUAUGUUAAAUAUGUUAUACAAAAUUGGAAAUGCAUACAAAUAAAUCAAUUUAUUCAUAGUUAUUUAAAUGUUUCAAAAAUAUAUUAGAUACCUGUUUAAAUUAAAAACAAACAAUCAUUUGUUUUCUCAUAUUAAAAUUUUUUUGUAACAUGUUAUGGUGAUUAUUUGAUGAUUCAUUUAUUUUUAGUUACAGACACUGAAGGUCAGUCAGUGGGUGGAAAUAACCACAGUUUAUAUUAUUUCACAGAACAAUCCAAUAAAAACUGAAAAAUUUAUGUGUGUAUAUAUAUAUAUAUAUAUAUAUAUAUUCUUUUUUUUUUUAAGUCAAUUGUUUCAAUUAUUGAUUCCCACAUUUAACUAUUUAAUAACCUCUUGACUCAUUUAAAUAAUAAUGAAUAGAUUUGUUUAUUUAACAUAUUUAUUAUCAGUUUUCUUUAAGUUUGGACAAAUAUAAAUAAUUAUCUAAAUUAUCCUACAUAUUAAUUGAAUUGUGGGACAUUUUCGCCCUUCAUAUAACUGAUGACGACGGACGCAGAGGGAGGGAAGGUGCUUAUUGAAGGUUUAAAACCUGCAGAAAUGACUUUGAGGAAAUGUGUGAGUGCGUGGAUGUUUGAUGAAUUUAAUUUGUUCCUGUCUGUGAACCUUUGGACUGUUUCAGAUGUUAUCAUGUACCUUUUUUUUGACUUCCUGUUUAUUUCAUAGUCAAUGCAGCGUUUUUGCAAGUGUCUACACCUCCAGGUCGCCCCUUCCCCCUGCGGCCUGCAGAUGUCUCACUGCAGCUCCGCUAAUAACAAAUUACGGACGAGGUUUCUGUCAUGAUUCAAGCUUCUGGAUAGCAAUUACAUGUAUUCAAUGCUACUUUCUAUUUGUCAGUCUUUCAGUCAAUAAUUGAGUCCAAAGGCUGCCUGAGGGGAUUUUUGAGGGCUGGUCUUGACAGUCAGCAGUGCUCAGCAUUUGCUUCUGCCUGAAACGGUCAGCAGUGACAGAAGCUUCUCAUUAAAACAGGGGGAUGACUAUAAAGUAGCUACAAAAAGCCAUUUUCAGAUCAAUUUUAACAAGAAGAUAUCUGCCAAUAUUUGGCAGUCAUGUAUAUUUGAUGGAAACUUGUGCAUAUCAGGAAAUAUUACACUAAUGCUUAGCAUAGUCAGGUCUGCUGGUGAAUAAUGCAUACAUACCCUGUUAGCCUGUAAUGAAGAUGAAAGAGGAGGCCUCAGAGAGGUUAAUGUGUCUCUUUAAUUUAAGAUUCAUAGGAAAUUAGAAGGUUUGGGGCAGUAAAAGGGCUAGUAAAUGGAUUUGCUUUGGUGGAGCACAUUAACUGUGAAUUCAACCCCUCCUGGAAUAAAGGCCUUUUAGUAGUUGUUGCCCUUAAAAUUGGAAAUUAAGAACUGCUUGAGUUUCAGCUGCAGAUGGAUAAAUGAGAACCUGAUUGGAGACAGAUCUGUGACAGAGAGAUGCUUGAAACAGCAGACAAAAAUGUUAAGAUUCUGUUUUAAGUAUCAGUGGGGUUGUGUGGGGCACUUACUUGUAGUCAGUAUUCUACCUGCAGUAGACAAGCAUUUAAUGUGAACUUUGACCAGGUUCAGAUCUGAUGCUAACUGCUAAAUACAGGUGUCAGUUCAUGCUAAACGUUCUAAGGACGCUUUGUGUCCUUUCUGUCUGCUUUAGCUUAGCAGUCCUGAGACAAAGGAACAGGACAACCCACUGAUCACAUGAUUCGCUCGUGACUCAUCGCUGGCUCAUGUACAAACCAUGCACUAUAGAAGUUCAGGUUUUUAGAUGGCAGAAAUGACCUUGCUUUAAGUGGUUGCCGCACUGAUGAAAAUUUCCUGAUUCUGCAAACUGACUGCGGUCUACUGCAGGGAAGCUAAUAGUCCACACAUCGAAACCGUUCCUUUAAUGACAAAUGUUAUCAUGUUAGUUGUUGUUUGGAGGCAUAUUUACCUAAAGUACAGUGAAAGGGGCUGAGUCAUUAGUUCAUAGACAGUUAUUCAGCAGAUCUGUCCUAUUUUUGUUAUCUUUUUAAACUGUUUUGUAAAAACUCUGAAACAUUUGUGCUGCUUUCAGAAUGCAUAAUAACCUAACAGCAUGACCUUUAUUUCUUGGCUGUUCUAGAUUUACAUUGUUAGAAGCAGACUUUUUGUUGCUGUUUGUAAACAGUUAAUAUCUGUAUUUUAUUUCCAGAUGCCAAGCCACUGUCCUAAUGUGUCUAAUGCCUUGUUGUAUAAAAGCCCAGGACUAAGCAGAGUCCAAGACUGCUUUGUGGUUUGCUGUGUGAUACGUUCUCUGUGGUCCUGUACAGAACAAGCCGUAGUGCUAACAUCUGUAGCUGCUCUGUGCCAACAAGCUCAGCCAGGUUGCCUUUUCUCAGUGUUUCGUUCUUAGAUUUAGGUAACUCUCAGUGCAGGACUGUAGCUCCUAAAAUCAAAUGCAUUUGUAAACAAGAGACAUUUUUUUCAAAGGGCACCAAAAUAUGCUGAAUUUUAGCUUCGUUUCCCACAUUUGUCUGGAUCAGGGAUCUCCAGCCACAGUCCUCCAGAGGUACUAUCCUGCAGCUUUGAGAUGCAUGCCCACUACAGCACAUCUGAAUCAAAUGAGUUUCUCGUUACCAGGCCUUGAUUACAUGCCGAAGAGGUAAUUCCAUCAUUGGAUUCAGCUGUGUUGGAGCUGGUUGCAAGGCUGUAGCUCUUGAUGACUGGAGUUGGAGACCUCUGGUCUGGAUAAUAUUACCAAAAUAUGUACCACAGAAUCUCAUUUAGAUAUAUUCUGGAUCUUAAACUCAGUUUCAGUGUAAAACAAGCAAAUCUUGUUCAUCAGAAAAGGUUUUCUGCUUUGCAACAUCUUCUUUUUCCAGUUUCUGGCUUUGCUGCAGAUUAUUCAUGCGUUCACAACAACUGAGCAACUCUUGGCCAUGUAGAAAACCUUGCAGGUGAUUUCUUAAAAUGAGAUUAGACAGGCAGUGCUGCUGUGGUAGUUUUUCAUGAGCUGCUUUCUUGUAUUGAUAAAAUGGUGCCAAGCUUACGAGGCUCAAUCUCUCAGACCAGAGAAGAGAUUGUGCCAAAACAGCGUUUACACAAAAAAAAAAAAGAAGCAGAAGAAGAAGAAGUUAUUUUUCUCUGGGUCAAGAUAAAAGUACCAGAAAACUAAAUUUACAUGUGGAUAAUUUAUAUCCAGGUCCUCAAGAAUUACUUCACAAACUAUUGUACUUUUUAAAUGUUCUGAAUGGAACCAUUUUAUAUUGUAUAUAUAUGAAUAUAUUUUGUUUUAUUUUGUACUGUUCAAUGUACUUUUGCUUUACUUUAGAAACAAUAUAAAUAAAGAAUAAUACUGUGGCCA